AUGGAUUACUCGGGGAUUUGGCACACACAGGAUCCAACAGGUAACAACUCCCAAGAUGGCUUUCAACAGUUCUUCGACACGCAUCUCGAUUGUCUAAAUCCUGAAUUUAAAGGAUUCACUCGAAAUUUAUCACAAGGCUCUGUAACCUACUCCCACAAUGAAUCAAUGGAAGGAAGUUGCAAAAACGAACAAAAAUCAGAAACUUAUGGCCACAAUACUCAAGAAUCAUCUCUUUCAAAUGAGGCCAUGAGAAAUUUGGCUAGCUACAGCGAAAUACUACUUCAGACACAUGAACACCAAACUCUUGAAACCCCUCUAGAACUAUCUGCCCGGAUUGAAUAUCUCCAGCGCCAGCAGCGUCUUCAUAAAGAGUAUGAAAUGCAUGACCUGCAGCAAAAAACAUUCGCCCAAACUAGAGCAAUUCCUCCCACGCCUACCAGUGUUGAGAUGAACUGUGUCAAUACCCACUUUUACAACGAAGCAGUAGAUAGCCAGCAGCACACCACCUUUGAAAGAUACCCAUCACAACUUACAGAGCAAGAAAUGGCUUUCACUCCCCUAGUUUCACCGGCAGUUACGCCGAUCGAAUACCAGCCCAAUCCAUCUGAAUAUAAUUUCCAGGGAGCAUAUUUUAGCCCUCUCAGCUCUCCAGCUAUUCAAGCGCAAAAUGAGAAUCAAUCAUCGCACGAUCAGCGAUAUUCUCUUCUCGCUAACUUCCCUAUUGAUUUGGACAUUGAUCUAAACACAGUCUCUGGAGGCUCUACAAACUUAACUAGAGGUUUAAAUUUGAGGACCUCAUCAACACAAAUCCGAAGACCAGCGAGAAUACGCAAAUCACCAACAAUAAAGCCAACAGGGCGGCAAAAAGGCUCAACACAAUCCUUAAUAUUCUCUUAUGAAGGAUCAGGGUCGCCUCAGAUAAAGGCGAAAGCUUCGAAAUCUAAUGUUUCUAGUUCAAAAACUCCUAUGGUAGCCUCAGAAAGUAAUUAUUUGGCUGCUGAGAACUACUCCAAUAUGCCACCCCCUCCGCUUCCAUCUCCUGUGGUAGCAGGUCGAUAUAUGCAAAACAGCCUCCAAAAUACUAACGCUAUAAUCCAAAGCCACCAUCUUCAAUGCCCGGCUACUCCAGCGUCGCUCAUGGGAAUUAGUCAAACGACAAAAGCAAGUCGUAGCGAAGACUUGUAUUUAGAGAAUAGGCAGAUAGAUGAUAACUCUUUAUCAAAUAUAUCGAACAUUUCGAGACCCCAAACAAAAUAUAAUUCUGAGCCAAGUGCGAUAUUUUUUUCGGCUACAACUAAUUCUACAGGUGCAUCAAGGAUCCAACCUUUGCCGUCAUCUCCCCUUUCAAAGCCUAGCAAGAAUUCAUCACUAAGUCCAGGCUUACCAACUGAAAAUCAGGAAAUAUCUACCAAAUCAGAAUGGAAGACUAAGACUGGCCCACGUGUCUCAAAAAAGAGAACAUGCAUACUUGCAUCUCCUGCAAUUCUUCCUCGGAUCUCCCCGAACAUUAAAGCCUUGCUACCGAGUGGAGAUAAAGUUCAUGAGGACACUGCAUCAUUAAUUCUAGCCUCAAAAUCGAACUAUCAAAAUAUACUCGAAGGCAACCAUCUCCCUGGUAUCUCCUACUCAUCAGAGUUAUCGUCACAUCUAACCUCAAAGCGGACCUCUCAUAAGCUUGCAGAACAGGGGCGAAGAAACCGAAUGAAUUCUGCUCUUCAAAUAAUGGCCACACUUUUACCCCGAGGUUCUUCCGCGGAAAAUGGAGCCGAAAAGGUUGGAAGUGGAAGUUCAGGAGAUGGUGAUGGUCAAAGAGGGUUCUCUCAAAGUGCUAAUAGCAAGGCUAGUACAGUGGAACAGGCGAUAGAUUACAUUAAUUUCCUGAAAGGACAACUAGAUGUAGCAAACAAAAAGUUAGAAUUAAUUGAGCGAAGUAACUCGGAAUUGGAUCAAAAAUUACCAUCUUGA